AUGGAACAGCCGGCCCCCUUGUCUCCUGGACGUGCGCUGAUGUCAGAGGGGAUGGAAGCGAAGGACCGGCUCGUCGAGGAGAUCUUGCUCCUCGCGCUGUUCCUGGUGUCGACCGCCGCCAACUCCUUGGCGCUGCUGGUCUUCUGUCGCCGACCCGGGCUCAGGACCAUUUCCAAUCGGUUCGUCAUAAACCUCCUUGCGACGAACCUCCUGACCACGACCCUGCUAGCGCCCGCGCUUUUCGGCGAGCACUCUGCGAGGGAUACCGUGGCCUGGGUGGAGGCGGGAGACGCUGCCGCGUCCGCUUGCAGUCUGGCGGCGCUGCUGGCCGUCAUGCUGAUAGCUCUGGACCAGCAUCACGCGGUCACUGACCCCCUGCGCUGCCACACCCGCCUGCUGCAGCGGCGCCCCGCGGCACUCUGCGCUGCCACCUGGCUGGUGUCCGCCGCCGCGGCCGCCACACGGGCGUCGAUCGCGGUCUUCCGCCACUUCUACCCGCUCGAGCCCGCCAUCUGGGGAGUCGAACUGGCCUACUACGUAGUGUACCUAGUGACGGGCGUGAUCGUCCCGAUAACUGUCGUGUGCGUGAUGUACGCGAGGAUAUACCGCGCCGCGCGCUCGUCCGGACUCAGAGCGCGCGCGCACGGAGCCAGCGCCCUGCAGCUCCACGAGCCCACAGUGAACCUGCCCGACCUGGUGGAGGAGGGCGAUGGGCUGACGCUGAAGAUAGACGUGCCGGAUGGUGACGGUGACCGUAAAUUCGGGCCGUUCUUACUGCCGCCCGAGCGCCCGAUGCGCUGCCCUUCGGUGGCGAGCUUGAGGAACGCGCGGAAGGAGGGAAAAUCGAGCGAGGAUCUCAGGAAGGGGCUGCCGGCAGUGAGCUCCGCGCCGUCGCUCGCGGCGCCCCUGCUCUCUACGCAGCCCCGCGCGCCAACCGGCGGCGGCUCCCGGAUCACGUCGAUCCGCUGCCGCAUCUCCAACGCGUCGCUGUUCCGCUACCGGGAGGAGUCGCGUGCGGCGCGCGUGGGCCUGCUGACGGGAGCGCUGGUGCUGCUGCACGUGCCGCACGCGAUCACCGCCUUAGUUUCCGCCGCGGCGCCCCAGUUGGGGGCGGAGGCGCGCACGCCGUCGCUCGCCCUCCUCCUGCUGGCGUCGGCGGCGUCGCCGUUCCUGUUCGCGCUGCGCUCGCGCCGGGUGCAGCGCGAGGCGCGGCGCCUGCUGCUGCCCGAGAAGAGCGCGUGGGAGCGGGCUUCGGGCGCGGCGUCGUCUGCAGCCGCGGACGGGCAGAGGGCGCGCGCCGCCCUCGAGCUGCUGCGGACCCUGACGCCGGGCGAGGGCGGGGCAGCGCCGAGCUCCGGCGCGGAGGGCGCACCGUGCCGCGGCUCCUUCAGCUCGGGGGGCAGCACCCAGCUGUCCUCCGCCUCGGACGAG